AAUACCAAUACAAUAAUAACAGAUUCAACAAUAUUAAGCGAUACUUUUCAUUAACUGAUUGUAACCUAUCUGUAAUCUAUAACCAGAAAUUACUCAUCAAUUGUGCAAUUCAGUCAAAAUGUUAACUAUAGUGUUUACUUAUUCGAAAUGUCAUUGCUUUCCUUCACCUACCCAUUAUUUAUUUUCUGUUUGUAAUCAACUUUUUUUAAAAAUGUUAUUACAUUUGGAUUAUUUCAUGUUAAAAGGCAUAGAUAGGGGCAUGGCCACCGUAAUUUUCCCGUUUCCAUCAAUGGUACCCUUCUGUGGUGACAUCACAAAGAAUACAAACUUUGCAGGUCCCACAACUAGUCUCAUUGUGCUACAGGAAUGAAUAAAACAAUCCAGAAGAUGCCAAGAGUGAUGUGUGGUGGUUGUCUAUCACCUCACAUUCCCAGUAUUUUUUUAAACAACAAACGUAAAGAACAUCUAUAGGGGGCAAAACAACAAUAGGCAAGGAAACAAGAAGAAAAGUAUGAAAAGAGGCAUUAAAACAAAUACCAAACCAAAGCAAUCGUAAUGGACACAUGACGUCACAUUUGUCAACCACGCGCACAGCAGCGGCGCGCGCCACUGUUCGUGUGUGAACGCCUGAAACACACAGUAGAAUAAAAACGGACUUAAAAAAGACAUUUCAUCUGAAAAUGGACCAAAAACACCGCGAGAAGUGGACGAACGUGGCUGAAAUGAAUGAGGAAACAGGUCAAGGGAUGGUAGACGAAGGCGGCCGUGAAGUGUAGCAGCAAAACAAAACAUCGGAAUGCCACAGGUUGCCUCGCUGCUGUCGUUGUUGUUGGGGCUCAUGGGAUACGCUUUGGCGGGGCUCAACGUCUGGCCCUCCUUCCACGUUGCCCUUAGCAAUGCCAGCGUGUUUGUGGACUUCAGCACAAAAAGCAACAGCAGCCUCAUCCGCCAAAUGAGCCUGUCUCUCAUCAACAUGGACACCAACACCACCCUCCUGACAAGGACUCUUCCCAACAACCAGUCUGCAGGUCGGGUGGAGUUCAACUGUUCCUGCUUCCUGUAUGCGGGAACUUUCCGCUUCCUGUUGAGGCAGAGCAGCACCCAGGAGGAGAUGCACUCCAAUGCGACAGGGCGUUUGGAGACCACCUGGUGGUGGAGUUCAGAACUGCAGGUGCAGUGGCCAACAUUUCACAUUGCUGUCGAGCGGGAUGCAAACAACACAAGCUCUUUUCAGAUUGGAAUAUCCACCAAUGAAUACUUCCAGCCUUGUUCAGCAAUCCUCGACCCCGCUCUCCUAUUAGAAGUCAGCUACAUGGAGUACAACCAGAUAGGACGAAAAGGCAUCAACAAGGUGCAGGCCCGCAAACAACAUUCAAUCAAACUUCUCCGUUCCCAGAUGAUCAAGCUUCCCUGUGCCUUUCCUUUUACGGAGCGAGACUUCAUCCAAGUGGCCCUACGCUCGCUUCACUCCGCACAGGAGGUAAAGAGCUCUGGGCCUCUCUACUUGUCCCAAAUCUUCUCCUAUAAGCUGCUAGUGGGAAACGUGAAUGCGUACCGGAGCGGUUGUGAGGGCACAGUGAGUGUUAAGCUAGUAACUCCACCUUGUGCACACAUUAAUGGGAAAGUGUUGCUGUAUAAAGACGCCAUCAUUGGAAGAGGGGUUGCUGUCUCCUCCGGGAUGGGAGCAGGAGGAACAGCAGUGCAGGAGGAGCCGUCAUCUCCUCCGCUGGCUUUUAACUGGCUCACACAGGGAGAGAAUGAGACGGAAUUCAACUGCUCUUUUUUUUACCCUGGAAGGAGUAAGUACUGCUUCCGCUUUGUGUUCAACUACAGCCGAUCCCCGAGUCCGGCUCAGACGUGCCUGGUGGUGCACAGGAGUGAAGAGUUCUGGGGGCCAUGGAAGCAGUGGAGUGUGUGCAGUGUGAGCUGUGGAGAGGGAGUCAGGGAACGUGUGAGAGAGUGUUUGCUGCCCUCUGGUGUUGAAGGCAAGCAAUGCACUGGCAUGGUAAAGGAACAGUCCAUCUGCUCGCUGGAAGACUGUGCAGCGUUUCCGGCACCUUCUCCAUCACUCCCCCCAGUCCUUGCUGGAGUUGUACCCCUAGGUGGUAACAUGGUGGUGGUGGCCGGUAUAUCCCUCUGCCUUGCUGUCAUUCUGGCCACUGUCAUCAUAACCGUGUGGAGGAAGCUCUGCCGGACCCCUCAGUGCAGCUCCGUCCGCAGAGGCUCCAUGCAUUCCCCUGGCGGGAGAAAACUCUCAGACGAGGCCUCCAUUUGUGGUAACAGCCUUCAGAGGCCGAGCUUUGCCGAUAGCCGAGUGCCGGCAGUGGGGGUCAGUUCAACCCAGAUGGACAGGGGGCCUCUUCCACAGACGAUGAUGACACAUCUCUCUCAGGAUCCAGAGAGGCUGUCUCCCACAGGUCAGAAGGUGUUGCCACCCAUUUUUGGGUAUCGCUUGGCUCAGCAGCAGUUAAAAGAAAUGAAGAAGAAGGGAUUAAAGGAGGCCACACAGCUCUACCACGUCUCCUCAAGCCCUGUUCAUGACACCAUGGUAGAGACGUCCACUUCGCCAAGCAGCUCUGCCAUUCCAACACCCACCGGGCCAUCAGGCCCCCACGAGGAACAAAACCAUUCUUUUUCUGAGUUACCGUUCCAGGCUUCAAGGAUCACGCGGGACCGACUGAGUCCCAGGGUGGAGCUCGUUUUGGGACCCCCCGUUUCCGGUCAUGCAAGUGAGGGCAGCUCUAAGUGGCUCAACCGCACUGCUGACUGGGUGGAGAUGGUAGAGAGGAGUGGCUUAGUGGGAAACUCUUCUCAGAAGAAUCCACAUUUUCGUCGGACUUCCAGUUUUACAGAUGCAAAACCCCAAAUUUCAUCUUCAGGACACUACAGAGCGUUCCGAGAGCGGAGCAUGACUCAGGUGGGAUCUCGGACUCUCCCUGAAGGAAACUCUUGGACCAAAGAGAGAAGAGAGAGGCCAUCAUUUAGCUCCUACCCCAUUCCAGAGCACGACACCCCAAAGUGGACCCAUUCCAGAGCUCAGGGGUGCAACCAGAGGAAGCCCUGGAUAGAAACCUCCAUCCCUUUUCAUAGUAAUGAAGUGAAACAUGCAGGAACCAAUACUUCUGAGGAACAUCUGGACCACAGUGGCACCACAGAGAGGCAGAUGGGAAUCUCAGGAAUUGGUGGUCCAGCCACAAGUCUUGCCAGUCCUCACGGAGUGAACCUGCUUAGUGUGGAACGGGCAGAGCAAAACUGGAACCGCCGUGGUCCAUCCCCUAUCCAGAGGAACAUGCUGGCAAGAAAGCUGAAGGAGGCUCAGUCCUGCUCUGGAGCCAAAGGGCGUCAGCGCAGCUCCACCUUCAGUGUGUCGUCAUCAGAGCACAGGAAAGACCAGUGGCACUCGUUGCCUGGUGCUGGAGGCUACGCCAGCACUGAACGUCCUGCUUGCAGGCUGAGUGAGGCGGAGGAGAGGAUGGUGACCCUUGAACUUUCCCCAGUGUACAAAGAUGGUGGGAUCAUGACCUCGGUCCACUUCAGCCCGGGUUCGGAUUCAGGUGUGAAUGGAAGUGUUGCAAAGAUGGAUGAUGCUAAAGUGGAGAUCGAUGAUGGGAGGGCGGAUGCCGUGGAAGCAGACACCCUCUACCAAAACAUCCGGAAGAAGAUUACCCCCUUUGUUAUGUCCUUUGGAUUCCGUGUAUUUGGAGUGGUACUGAUCCUGGUUGACAUCGUGCUCGUCAUCGUGGACAUUUCCCUGCCAGCCAGGAGCAGGGAGGUUGGGAAUUCUCUGGAGACGGUGUCCCUCAUCAUCUCCUUCUUCUUCCUGGCUGACGUUCUCCUCAGGCUCUACGUGGAAGGGUUUAAAGUGUAUUUUGGCUCCAAGCUGAACAUCAUUGACGCCUGUGUUGUGGUCGUCACGCUGGUGGUCACCAUGAGCUACACCUUCACUGACCUGUCAGGCGCCAGCCUCAUUCCCAGGGUGGUUACCUUUCUGCGCUUCUUGAGGAUUAUAAUUCUGGUGAGGGUGUUCAGGCUGGCGGCCCAGAAGAGAGAGCUGGAGAAGGUCACCAGGAGGAUGGUCUCUGAGAACAAACGGCGCUACCAGAAGGAUGGGUUUGACCUUGACCUCACCUAUGUCACAGACCGUGUCAUCGCCAUGUCUUUCCCUUCAUCUGGGAAGCAGUCCUUCUACAGGAACCCAAUCAGGGAGGUGGCAAGGUUCCUGGACACCAAACAUGACGGCCAUUACAGAGUUUACAACCUUUGCAGUGAGAAAGGCUACGACCCCCAGUUCUUCCACUACAGGGUCGAACGGGUGUUCAUAGACGACCACAACGUACCUUCUUUAGAGGACAUGUUGAAAUACACAGCGAGCGUAAGAGAGUGGAUGUCUGCCGAUCCCAAAAACGUCAUUGCUAUUCACUGCAAAGGAGGGAAAGGUCGUACUGGCACUCUGGUGUGCACCUGGCUCAUUGACAGUGACCAGUUUGAGAAUGCGCAGGACAGUCUGGAGUACUUUGGGGAGAGGAGGACGGACAAGAGUCGGAGCUCCAAGUUUCAAGGAGUGGAGACUCCCUCUCAAAGCAGGUACGUGGGCUAUUACGAGGUGAUGAAGACUAAAUUCAACAGGCAGCUUCCCCCUCCAAAAAGCCUGAGGAUGAAGAGCAUCCGCAUCCACUCCAUAGCAGGUGUGGGCAGAGGUGACGGCAGUGACCUGAAGGUGAAGAUCAUCGUGCGGAAAGAGCUUGUGUUUGAGUGUGUGUGCGCCACACAGCACAACUGCUCAGUUUUCCCUGAUGUGGGCAGCAAUGCAGCAAUCAUCAGCCUCCACAAUGGACCUGUGGUUCAAGGGGAUGUCAAGGUCAUGUUUGAGUCCAGUGCUGGUAUUCCUAAAGGAUAUGAAGAUGUCCCCUUCUACUUCUGGUUCAAUACUUCCUUCAUAUCGGACAACAAGCUCUUUUUACCCAGAGAGGAACUGGACAACCCACACAAGCCUAAAACAUGGGACCUGUAUAAGGAGGACUUUGGUGUCACAUUGUCCUUCUCAGACAACUAAUCAUAAUAAAUGCUCUUUGGCAAGAUGGACUGUCUGGAUUGAGUUGUUCAAGUAAAACAGAACUACCUUUUAAAAGUGUGGGAGGGGCUUGCUACUGCAGAACCACCACAAGGGGGAAAAAGUCAAAGCACAUAAUGCAGGGUUCCUACACACGUAUGGAGUUUGAUUUGAGAAAUGUCCAGGUCUGGAAAAGUAUGGAAACAUUUAACUUUACAAGACUUGCCACUGUUCUGUUUUCGGAAAGAAAACAAUUAUAGCUGAAAAAAAAAAAAAAA